UUCAGCUGGCCUAUCGAUUCUGCUCCUCUCCCACCGAAACCCUCCCCUCCGGAAAAUCCCCAAAACUUUGGUUUGCCAAAAAUCAUGGACGGAGAUCGACGGACGCCGGCGGCCGCGGCCGCAUCGGCGGCAUCGGUGCUUGACGACGACGAACUCCUCCGCGAGAUCCUCCUCCGCCUCGGCUUCCCCACCUGCCUCGUCCGCGCCGCCCUCGUCUCCAAGCGGUGGCUCCACCACGCCUCCGACCCGGCCUUCCUCCGCCGCUUCCGCGACCGCAACCCGCCCCGCCUCCUCGGCUUCUGCCUCUGCUUCUCCGGCCGGUACCGGUUCGUGCCGUUCCCGCAGCCCCCGGAGCUCGCCGCUCCCAUUCGCCGGGCGACCUCCUCCUGCACCGCCGCCUUCGCCCGCAGAAUCCUGCCAAUCAAGCACUGCCGGAACGGCCGCCUCAUAAUAGAGUUCUUCAACGACGGCAGAUUCGAUUACUCCCUGGCUCCGCUGCUCGCCGGGGAGCCCGUAGCCGUCCUCCCGACGACCCCGCUACCCCACCUUGACUGGGACACCACUCAAGGUAGAUUGGUUCAGAUGUUCCUGCCCGAGGAUGGGGGUCGCAACGGCAUCACCUUGCUGUAUCUCUGGGCGGUCCGGCGAAAAGUGUACGCCGAGGUGUACGUCCUGGGAUCCGGCGGAUGGGGCGUCCCUGCCACCGCGACAGAGAUAGAGCUCUCGUUUGACGCACACUUCCUUCAAAUUCUACCACCCAUCCAUGGCAAGGUCUUCGUGAUGACCGACUCUCGGUACGCCCUGGGUCUAGAUUUGGCAGCAGCGAGCUUCUUCACCCUUGAGCUCCCAGUUGGAGUGCGCCACAAUUACAAGCUCUCCUGUGCGGAGGAUUCCAGGCUCUAUCUUGUCAGUGCAGACGGGUUUCAGCUCAGUGUGUGGCUCCAUCUGAUGUCGGGCGACGGCAAUGGUGCUGGCUGGCUGCUGGUUGACACAUUUUGUGUCCGUGAGGCUGAGGCAUGCGCACGUCUUGUAAGGGACCGUUGGAUCCCUCCCAGUAAUUAUCUUGAUGUUGCUGCGGUCGGGGACAAUGCCGACUUUGUGUUCUUGGAUCAUACAGCAAGUGGCACUCUCUUUUAUGUUCAUCUGAGGAGCAGGGUAGUUGAGAAAGUCCAUCAGAGGGUGCCAGAAAAAUGCUAUGUACCUCCCCAAAUAGCUCUCUCUCCCAUUGUGAUGAUCUGGCCGCCUGUUUUCCCUGCACGAGAGGUAGGACAUGAUCAAGAGGAAUGACCCCCCUGUGUUUGAUCUUUGUAAUAUCUUCACCGGGUAUGACUUCUGUAAUAGAGAGGCAUGGUUCUUCCAUCCCACCCUUAUCUUCUCAAGGAAACACACAUCCAUAUUCCUCAUAUGGUGGUGGAUACCAGAGUGGUAGUACAACAAAGAAGAUUGAUAUCCCAAAUGGAAGAAAUCAUUAUCUUUCGAAAGAUUCAAGGACGUUCGAGGAGUGACCAGUACCAUUGAAGACUUUGCUGAGCGAGGCAAGCAACCUACUUUGAUCAUGUUGAACCCAUAUUUGCAUUACACUUAGAAUUAUUUUUCAUGCAUAAAGUAUUGUUUACUAGUAUUGCUAUUAAGUAAAUUAGCUAGGGUUUAGCUAUGCCCUAUGUGCUUGAUAUUGACACCCCUUUGACAUUCUUAUGCCAAGUAAAUUAGCUAGGGUUUAGCUAUGCUCUAUUUGCUUGAUAUCGACACCCUCCUUUGAUAAUACCCCUCCUUCCUAACCAUGUAGUGGUCACAGAUAAAUGUGGGUCAUAUGUGCAAGUUUAAUAGUAAUGCUUAGCCAUGCUAGUCGCAUAAAUCAUAGGACAUGCGAAGAAUCUUUGUUACUCAUAAAUGUUCUACACAAACCUAAGGGUGUCACUAAUGCCCAUGGUAUGGUCUGAAAAUAAGGUUAUAUAAAAUGGAGAUGAAGUGGAGAUUUAGUUAGGUGAUUGUGACUUUGACAAGAUAGUGAAAGAUGUUCGGUGGAUUAUAAAGAUUUAUGUAUAGUAAAUGAGCAUGGUGAUUAUUGUAUUGGCGGAUAAAUGGAUCUUCAAUAAACUUGAAGCAAUUUGGAUUUAGUUAGGCGAUUAUGAUCUUGAACCAAAUUUCAUGGUGGAUGAUAAGCUUUUGAUGCAUUUAUUUAGUUCAUUGUGAUCUUGAGGAGAUAGUCAAAGAUGUUUGGUGCAUUAAUUAAUCUUGGACAAUUUGGAUUUAGUUAGGUGAUUGUGAUAUUGAACCGUAUUUCAUGAUGAAUUAUGAGAUUUUAGGUGGAUUUAGUUACGUGAUUUAAUCUUGAGAAGAUAGUCUAAAUGUUCGGUUGAUUAUGAGAUUUUAGGUAUGGUAGAUGAGCAUGGUGAUUCUUAUACUAGUGGAUAAAUAGAUCUUUAAUUUUGUUUGGAUCAUUUAGGAUUUAGUUAGGUGAUUUAGAUCUUAAACCAAAUUUCACGGUGGAUUAUGAGGUUUUGGUUGGAUUUAGUUAGGUGAUUGUGAUCUUGACGAGCUAGUAAAAGAUGUUUGGUGGAUUAUGUGAAUUUAGGUCUAGUAGGUGAGCAUGGUGGUUAUUAUAUCGGUGAAUAAGUAAAUUUUUAACAAACUUAAGAAAAUUUGAAUUUAGUUAGGUGAUUUUGAUCUUGAACUAAAUUUCAUGGUGAAUUACAAUAUUUUAGAUGGAUUUAAUCAGUUGAUUGUGAUCCGGAGGAGAUACUCAAAGAUGUUCGAUGGAUUAAUUAUCCUUCAAUAAUUUGAAUUUCGUUAGCUAUUGUGAUAUUGAACUGAAUUUCAUGAUGAUUUAUGUGAUUUUAGAUGGAUUUAAUUAUGUUAUUAUGAUAUUGAGAAGAUGUCAAAGAUGUUUGGUGGAUUUUAAGAUUUUAGGUCUAGUAUGUGAGCAUGGGACUAUUAUAUUGGUGAAUAAACAUACCUCUAAUUUAGUUUGAAACAAUUUGAAUUUAGUUAGAUGAUUGCGAUCUUUUAACCAAAUUCAUGGCGGAUUUUGAUGUUUGGGUUGGAUUUAGUUAGGUGAUUGUGAUCUUGACGAGAUAGUCAAAGAUGCUCGAUGGAUUAUGUCAGAAUUUAUGUCUAGUGAGCACGGUGGUUAUUAUAUUGGUGGAUAAAUGGAUUUUUAGUAAACUUGUAGUAAUUUGGAUUUAGUUAGGCGAUUGUGAUCUUGAACCAAAUUUCAUGGUGAAUUAUGAGAUUUUAAAUGAAUUUAAUUAGUUGAUUGAGAUCUUGAGGAGAUAGUCCAAGAUGUUCGGUGGAUUAAUUAAUAUUUUUUGAACACAGUACAAGCGCAAGUGCUAUAUAAACGUGCAUACACUUACCUCUAUGAACGCACACACGCACACCCUAUCCCUAUGAGCACCUCCGAGAGACUAAGCCGGCAUAUCAUCUUGAGAUUUUAUGAAGUCAUCGUAGGCGUCUCGUAGUCGACAGGAACAAUUUGUAUUUAGUUUGAUGAUUUAUUUGAUUUUAGGUGGAUUUAGAUAGGUGAUUGAGUCUUGAGAAGAUAGUCAAAAUGUUCGGUGGAUUAUGAGAUUUUAGGUAUGGUAAAUGAGCAAGGUGAUUAUUAUAUUAGUAGAUAAACAAGUAUUUAAUUUAGUUUGGAUCAAUUUGGAUUUAGGUAGGGGAUUGUGAUCUUUUAACCUAAUUUUACAAUGGAUUACGAGAUUUUGGUUGGAUUUAGUUAGGUGCUUGUGAUCUUGACAAGGUAGUUAAAGAUGUUCGAUAGAUUAAUAUGUCUAGUAAGCGAGCAUGGUGGAUAUUACAUUUGUGCAUAAAUGGAUCUUUAAUAAGCCUUAAGAUAUUUGAAUUUAGUUAGGCGAUUGUGAUCUUGAACCAAAUUUCAUGAUGGAUUAUGAGAUUUUAGCUGGAUUUGAUUAGUUGAUUGCGAUUUUGAGGAGAUAGUAAAAGAUGUUCGAUGGAUUAAUUAAUCUUGAACAAUUUGAAUUUAGUUAGGUGAUUGUAGGGAUGGCACCCGCCGGGUUUGGGUACGGGUGGAGUUACCCCAUACCCUUACCCAUCCUCUUUGAGCUUACCCAUCACCCGUACCCAUACCCGCCAACGGGUAUAAUUUUUUCCCAUACCCAUCACCCUGCAGGGUAAAUGGGUACCCACGGGUAAAAAUACCCACGUGUGCACAUAUGAACUUGUGCAAGAAAUAAGCAUAAACGACAACAUAUCAACAUAAUUUAUAGACAUCAGCGCAUCGUAACAACAUCGCAUACUUAUAAACAACAACACAUCAUAAACGACAUCACA